AUGUUUAGAACCAUAAGAUCAUUACACUUAACUGCCGUUCGUCUUGCUCCCCAAGUGGAUUCCAAGGCCCUCGAGGCUAAAAAGGCUUUGAAACAAACUCAAAAAUUAAGAACAAAACAUAAAAGAGACCCUACCAAAGAUCUUUUAUAUAUGGAAAUACCUAAAGCGUUAAAAUACUUAAGAGCCAGUGAAGUUGGUGAACCUGUGAAUAAAUCUACUAUAAGUUUACUAGUAACUGUCAUACCAGAAAAGGGAGCUAAGAAUCUUAACGGAUUCCUUGAUUUACCUCAUCCAGUAGGGAAAUCCAAAUUCUUAAUAUUUUCCAAUAAGACUGAAGAAUUGAAAUCAAAGAUUAACUUACCUAGUGAAAACUACUUAAUCGGUGGUAAGAAAUUGUUAGAAGAAAUCGAAGAAGGCAUUGUUGAUUUGAAUCAAUUCACCCAUUCAUUCUGUACUUUUGAUAUGCAAAAUAAUUUAAAACCUUAUGGUAGAAUAUUAGCUUCAAAGAAUUUAAUGUGUACCCCAAAGAAAGGUAAUGUUGAUUCUGUUGAAAAUUUACCUAAGUUGAUUGAAAAGGGGUUAAGUUCUGUACCUUUCAAACAAGUGAAUUAUGAAAUUGCUUUCCCUGUCGGAAAGUGUAAUUUCUCUGAUGAACAAAUUUUGAAAAAUAUCGAAGUUGCAUCUAAAACCAUUUAUGGUUUAGAACCUCAUGGUUCAAAGAAAACUAAUGUUAUUGGACAAACCGUCAUAUCGUCCACCAAAGGUCCUGGGAUUGUUAUUGACUUCAGACAAUAG